ACAGCGCGUGUACAGUAAAGUGGGGGACCGACCAUGUCUGCGUCUUUAAGCAGAACUCUAUACGGACUGCUGCAUGAUGUCAGCCUGCUCUCGGUCCGUGCGCUGCUCGUGUGAGAGCCGCAUUUUACUUCCUGCACAGGGACAGGAGCGGGCAGAGAAAGAGAGAGUGGGAUAGCAAGAUGGGGGGACGAGCGGCCGAGACAGGACUAAAAGUGAUAGAGUGAGCCAGCGGACGAGACGAAGGAGGAAACCCGGGCCCUGCUUGUCUCUUCUUCUUUUUUUCCUUUUUUUUUUUCCUUUUUUUUUUUUUUUUUAGAAGAAGAAGAAGAAGACAAGAGAAUCCUACAAAGUUUAGGGGUUAUCCAGCCUACCACAUCUGCGCCAGCUGACAGCCUCAGUCUAUGGAAUAGCGACAAAUCGGAUGUCUUUCUUGGUGGAAGAGUGAAAAUCUGAAAGCCCAUCUUCCUCUCCCCCUUCGGCCAACAUGUCCCAGCUGCUCCAUGUGGAGAUCCCGAAUUUUGGAGCCACGGUUCUGGGCUCCCUCAAUGAGCAGCGGCUGCUGGGACAUCACUGUGACGUAUCCAUAUUGGUAAAAGGUCAGGCUUUUAAAGCCCACCGGGCCGUUUUGGCGGCCAGCAGCCUCUACUUUCGUGACCUCUUCAGCAGCUCAACCAAGACUCAGUUUGAGUUGCCUUCCUCAGUCACACCUGCUUGCUUUGAGCAGAUCCUCACAUUCUGCUACACAGGGAAGCUAACGAUGGCAGCAAGCGAACAGCUGGUUGUCAUGUACACAGCUGGCUACCUCCAGAUUCAGCAUAUAGUUGAAAGAGGCAUGGACCUAAUGUUUAAGGCAAGCUCACCUCACUGUGACUCGCAAACUGCAGGGUCCUUAGAGGAGACGGGAUCAGAACCGCAGAGUCCUCUCAAUAAUGGUAUCGGCCUAUCAGUAGCCAGCGUUCUGGGGACCCAAAGCUGGUCUACGUCGUCCCUACUCUUGCCGCAGCGUAAAAUUAAAAUAGAAGUGGGCGACCCAACACCGAUUUCCACACCCUCAACACAAACCAAGAUUUCAACCUCGGAGCUGGGGAGCCGGUUGGCGAGAGCCUUCUACACAGCAGCUGGAGGCCCUGCCAUUCCUGGUAUGCCUACCUUCCACUUUCAAGGAACUACUGGAGGUGGAGCCGGGGGUGGGGCAGGCGGAGGAACAGGUGCGGAAAGGUCCAGCCCAGGAGAGUCAAGCCUUCCCACCACAGACAGCCCCACAUCCUACCAGAAUGAUGACGAGGAAUUUGAGGAAGAGCCAUAUGACGGGAUCGCAGAGGAUGCCUACAGUCAGCUCUAUGGACGUCCCACUAACCCCUAUGGGAUCCAGGACAAGCCAGAGUUGGCAGCAAUGCCAUUGGCCUUGGAAAAUCGCAACUGCGUGCUCAUCCGCAGAGACCUGGUGGCACUUCCUGCAAGCCUCAUAAGCCAGAUUGGCUACCGCUGCCACCCCAAACUCUACACUGAGGGGGACCCAGGAGAGAAGCUGGAAUUGGUCGCUGGAACCCAGGUGUUCAUGACACGAGGCCAACUCAUGAACUGCCAUCUGUGUGCCGGUAUCAAACACAAAGUGUUGCUUCGUCGUCUCUUAGCCACGUUCUUUGAUAGAAACACUCUGGCAAAUAGCUGUGGGACAGGCAUCCGCUCUUCUACAAGUGACCCAAGCAGAAAGCCCCUGGACAGCAGGGUCCUGAAUGCUGUGAAACUCUACUGUCAAAACUUUAACCCUAACUUCAAGGAGAGUGAAAUGAAUGUGAUCGCUGCUGACAUGUGCACAAAUGCAAGGCGGGUCCGUAAGAGAUGGCUCCCAAAGAUCAAGUCCAUGCUGCCUGAUGGCAUGGAAGUGUACCGGGCAGGCAUGGGCAUGAGUGCUGCUGCUGCCGUUGGUCUGAACCUAGCCCUGGGUGCCCCUCAGUCAGGAGUUUCUCUUUCCUUCGAGCAUGAUUUGAAGAGCCUAGAGCAAAGGUUGUGUCCAGAUCGCAAGGACCCUCUCAGGACUCAUGCAGCCAGCCCUGGUGCAGGGUCGGCUGGAGCAGAAGCCGAAGGUGAAGGUGAAGCAGCAGUCCAGGAGGAUCAGGAGGAAGAUGACGACGAAGCUGGAUCGGAGGGCGCGGACCGAUCACUGGGGGCACCGAUUUUGGUGUCGGUGGUCGGAUCAGCAGAUACGCCCCCCGAGCAGGGGGUGGAAAGUUUUGGACAAAAUCUGAGGUUGAACGGACAGUGAAUCUCCCUCCCACAUCGUGAAAUGUGUUUAACACUCACAUUUACUUCUUCUCACUGUCUCAUCCGUCACUCUUUCCUCUCCUCUGUGCUUCCUCGACAGGGAAAUUUUGUUCUCCACACACAAAGCUGCACUCGCAACUUUUAUCAGACAAAAGUUGGUCGCACAUGCAUGCGCUCGUGUGUGCUUGUGUAUUUGCAAACUUACAUGCAGUGAAAUAAAAAAAAAAACCACAGCUAUUAAAAGCAUACACAGGCAUGACAUUAGUCAGUUCGGGUCCAAGUAUGUAUUCAGCACUUGGGCGUCUGCAGCAUUAUUCCAAAAGGUCAAAUAACAAAACAGAUGACUGUAAUGAUUCAUCAUAUCGGUGCGACACCACCAACAGCUGGUUUGCAGCAGGUUGUAUGUACUUUGCAGUGUAAUAUUAUUUUAUAAAGUGACUUGGAAAAUUGUAUUUGAGAAACAGAGCUCUACAGCAAGACCACUUUACAUCCCAUCACUAUUCGUAAAGAGUGUACUGUGAAAGAAUUGUUUAGAAAAUAAGAAACCCUUUCCUUUAUUUUACCUUGUAUUGUUUUGCCCAAGUAUCAUACCCCUUGAACCUGUCCAUUUUUUUGUCACAGCUACGAACUUUAUUGAAUUUUAUUUGGAUUUUACGUGACAGACCAACAAAAAACAGUGCAUGUAUGUGAAUCGAGUCUGAGUUAAUUCAAUAUGUGAAGAAAAUACUGUAGUGUUUUCUACUAUUUUUAAGCAAAUGCAUUUUUAUUCACUCCCACCCCUGAGUCAGUACUUCCUAAACUUCACUGCAAUUUCAGAUGUUCUGAGCAGCUUUGCACAGCAAGUCUGAAAGUUCUUGGACUUUUUUCUUUGAAAAUAAUAUAAUUUACUGUAACCAGAAUUCAUCAAAUUGAAUUGAAAGUAUUAAGAAUAUUUUAAAUUUUUAGUGUUUUGGUUGUUUUUGCUUAAAAUUUAGCAUCGUUUUCUUGUGUGUGAUCACAAUCACACACAACUCUGUGCUGAUUUCUCACAUAAAUUCCCUAUAAAAUACAUUAAAAGUUUGCAAUAAUACAUAAUAUUAUAUGACAUGGAAAAGUUCAAAAGGUAUGGAUACUUUCACAACACACUGUGUUGUAUCACUUUUAUGAUGAAAAUUACAAAAUAUUAUUUUCUGCAAGUACUUGUUUUUUAUCAUAGCUCUAAGAACAAAUGCAAGAUAACAAAUCUAUCACACAUAUUGGUUGUUUUCUCGUGCAUAUCUAGUCGGACAUAUCGGACAAGACUGUCAAUGUGAUGCCUGUGUCUGCUCCACAUCAUACCUCCCAAGCCACACAUAGAUACAUGCAAAUAAACACACAAACACUCAUUCAUUCAUCUUUACAUUUCUGUAAUACAAGCGUUUAAUGUACUGAUGUAAUCAAAUGGCACACUGUCCAAAAGAAUAUGUUGCAGUGAAUUUAACUCCAAAAAUCACAGAAUUCUUGGAGAUACAGAGACAUGAAUAAAAACAUGAGAUAAUGUCAAGACUUGCAUGCAUUAGUCCAAACAAUGGCUGGAAAUAUUUGCUAAAGAGAACUGCAAGGUCCCAUUUCUGCAUUGAAAUAAGAUAACAGCUACUUUUGCCUGGAGAUGUGAUGUUAAAAACUAGAAGCACUUUCUCCAUUUCUUUCUGGAAAAAGGCCGCCAAACGUUACAGAUGAUCUUGAUGUAACCCUGCUUUGACUGUUUCUGACACCGAAUUAGUUUGAGUUUCUUGGGUUUUUUUUUAUUUGUAUGAAUUCUGCAGAGUGUUUUGUCCACUUAAAUGGAGAACAGUGAAUAUAUGAAGUGCACUACACUGAAAAAACAAAAACAGUGCCAGAGAGGAGUACUGUUCCACCUUCAUGACGUGUCGUGAAAUGUUUUGAGUCAAUUCUGUCCUGUUUCCAUCCUGUUUUUGUUGUUAGUUUGAUUACUCGCUCUCCAGUGGGGAAAUGAGAUGGUGGGUAAAUUAUUUAAAGAUUACUUUUAAGAGCAAAUUACGCUAGUUUACUGCGUUUGCACUCAAGAGAGUGGGGGAAGCCAAGGAUUCUGGAAAAGAGGCUCCUGCAAAAGACUGCAAAUCCCCACCACGUUACCCUGAUUACAUAUUCAAUCAGGCACUCUGUGGGCUCAGAUAGAAACAACGGGUCUCUAUUGACGAUGACUGUUUCUGUGUUUUGCUGGGGGGACUAAGGCCGUGCAUUCGUCAAGCCUGUUUUCUGUUUUUGAUGUCUGUUUUCACGCUUGUUGCCAUUGCCAUGCAUAGGACCCAGUCCAAAGAGCCUUUCUUUAUCAUUUUUCUUUCAUGCAUCGAUUUAAAAUGAUGCACUGUUGAAUGUCGCCCCUUGUUCUUUGCUUGUCGUGGGCUUCAGUCAGCAGUCGAAGAACAUGUAAUUACAAAAGUAGACCAUAAAUUUUAAUUUUUAUCACAAAUAUUCAAAACAAAAAUGUGGUGAUUGCACAAGUGAGGUUAAGGAGGUUUAAGGAGAUGCCCCCAGAAUAUUUGAUCUGUUAUGUAUUUUUUCAGUGAUGUGCCACUUUAGAGGUUGGGCCAAAUUUUUCUCUGUCUUCGACAAGUAUAUCUUGGAUCUUUAGGGUAAGCUUUUAGAUAGCCCUGCAUAUAAAAAAACAGGGUCAAGAUUGCACUAUAGGUAAUGUUCAUUACGUUUACAGUUUUUUUUUUUUUUUUUUUUUUCUAUUUUCUAUUUUUUCCCCCUUUGGGAAGAACUGUAAUCUGCCCCAGAUAAGCCAGGGUCAUGAAUGGCCAAGUUGAUGGUUGAAUGUAAAUUGUAGCAUUGAGGGUCACAGUCUUUUUUUUUAUUUUUUAUGAUAUAGUAAAUUAUUGAAUCUCUUUGUUUAGUAUGUGGCUUCAUUUUUUUAUUCACAUAAAUUGCAAACUUAAAAAAAAAAAAGAAAUUUAAAAUUAACUUUACUGAUAGUGAUGUUUUUGCAUAAAUAUUUUAAAAUUGAUACAAACAAGUCUUCCAGUGUGUUGAAGCACAGGCGGCAGUAUCCUAAUAAGUGUAAAACUGAGGUUUGUUUCAGUUACUCCACAUGAUUUAAAAUAUGCUCAUCUAAUGGUGAAAUGAAAAUAUUUACUAACUUAUAGCAUCAUCUUGUCUAAUUUAUUUGAUGUUGCUCUUGUGAGGGAAUAAAUAAAUAUUACUUUUUUGCCUAUUGGGGUCACCUCUUGUUUGGUCAAAUAAGCUAACUGUGUAAAACAAUUAAAUAAAUAGUUCAAAAUAAAUACAUUUAUAUUGAAAGGCAAGUCACCUUAAAAUCAAAAACCACCAUUAUCCCUUAUUAAAUCGGUUAAAGUGGUCAGAGUUUAAAAUAUAUUGAGUCUGUACAAUUAAAUCUCUGCUUUCUCUAAUGUAUCUUUAAACAGAAUGUUUUUCUGCAUUCAAUUACACAGUUUUCAGAGCAGUUCUAAUUAAAAGAGUGCAGUAUCUAUAAGGACCAAGGAAAAUGUGAUAUACUCCAUUGCAGUGAUUAAAUAAGUGUGGAGCAGUGCCUUAGACUGUGAAUGUGGGUCUGUGCCAUAAUAGUUGUUCAGAAAUAAACAAGCCAAGAAGGCUAUAUGGAUUAGACUUUUCUCUUACUGAAAUUGUUAUUCUAAACUUUAAAAUUAUGACUCUAACUAUGUUGACAUACUUUAGCUGACUUACUUUCUUUCAUGUAAUUUUUUAAUGUAAAAACUUUGCUCCCUUUACUAGGGUCACUGUGUUUAUUUAAAGCUUUUAUUUACAAUAAGACUGGUUCCUUCUUGGACACCCUUGCAUGCUGAGCAAAACGGGGAAACCUAUCAAAUAUAUGUAAAUAAAAUCAGAUAUAGUUGAAUUGGUGCAUCCGCUCAAAUGCGUCUUCCUCUGUAAACCUCACCCUCUGUCAGUUUGUUAACUUUUUAAUCAAACCUUUUUAACUUUCCUUUUUAGCUUCGUGGGAUCUUUGAUUUUUUUUUCAUCUUGUGCAGGGUAACCGGGUGAUGUUGCACUUUAAAAUCAGAAAGUCUCAGACAAUGGCUAACCUAUGAGAGAAUGAGCUCCGUCGGAGGUGCUUAAUAGAAAAAAAAAAAGGUAAAAUAACGUGUAUGAUUUUUCUAUGUUUCUUUGAUGGAAACCAGUGUCAUGUUAACUGCAAGCUCAAAUGAGAAACAGGAUGGGGUUGGUGGCUGUGCAGAAACUAUUCUUUCAUUAUUUUAUUCAAAACUUUUUUUCUCCUCUUUUUUUUGGCUCUCUGCCUCUUUUACUGUAAAAAUAAUGGGCACUGUAAGUUUUUUUUUAUUCGCUCUGCUGAAAGGUUAACCCUGAAAAUUAUACACUGAUAUGCAAAAAUUACACUUGUAUCAUAAAAUGCAUGCCAUUCAGAUGUUCACCCUGACCCGAUGAAACCUCUGAUCUUUAUGCACCCUGUAUUUUAUGCUGAAUAACUGUUUUCACUGUUUGCAAGCAGAGACUUGAGUCGUCUUGCAGUCAACGGGGCUGUAUUUUUUAAUCAUACACCCUGGCCUUUCAUUGAAUGUUUGCAUAAAAUGUAAUCUCUUGCAUAAUCGACAGCAAAAUACUGAUUAAGAGUGGCAUACAUAAACUAACUACCCAGUUGAGUGUGCAUCUAAAUCUUCAGAGACUAAGAAAAGAAAUGCACCGAAAAGUUUGUGCGUGUAUGUCUGUGUCCUCGAACAUGAUGCCAGCACUUUAGAACUACUUAGAAAACCGAAAGAAAAGGAAAAAAAAAACCUGUCAAGGAUGACCAAGGCUACAGGCAACAGACGAGUAGAUGCAACUUUUAAAGCCAUGUGUUCAGAGCGCUGACAAUCAGAAAAGGGAUGAGGCCCACAGUGCACUAUGGGGGAUGUGAAAUGACUUGCUGUGCUUUUGCUAUUUGCUUUUGUCUUUCAGCUUGUUUCAUUCUGUACUGGCUUACUUUCAGAAUGGAGGGUCGAUGGUGUCAUCUGCAGCCUUCUUGGUUUUAUGUGUGUGUGCGUGUUUGCAGCAAGGACUUACUCAAACCUUGGUGCUCAUUGGGCAGAGAUGUCCUCAGUUGGCAUGGACCUUAUCUGUCAUUCUCUGGGCUUUUUGGUGACCUGAUGAUGGACGACAACACAAAUGUUUAAAAACAAAAACGAAGGAAGAUGUUAUCAUGCAACUGCAUACUUUGAUCAUCGUGUUGUUUCUGACUAUCAGCAGGGCUUGGCCCAGGCAAAUUGGGAUGAGGCUAUUUUAGUGUUGAUACUGCUUCAUAACAGAGACAAAAUGUUGAAAUGUUUAUGCGCCUUCUGACUCUCAAGCAUCAAUAAUAUAUACUGGAAAUGCAAGUUGCCACUUUCGAUGUUGCAUACAAAUCUCUUUCAUUCCCAUCAUUGUAUUUGCCAUCAUGGGUUUUAAGUUGUGUACCUUAUUUCUUUAAAUGCAUUACAAAAACAUGUCUGCUUUCUAAUAAAAAAAGACCUUACUUCACCA